AUGAAGAAAGCCAGGCCUUGCUGUGUUCCGUUGUGCAAAGGGGAGAAGUUCCCGCUGGUCCACAAGUUCCCGGCGGACAACGAUCGCGCCGAGCAGUGGAAAAAGGUGUUGAACUUGUCCGAAUUUAUAGCCGUACCGCUCGAUAUCAUCCGAAAACGAUACUUUGUGUGUUCGCGACAUUUUCGUGAUUCGGAUUACAAAAACAAGGCCUCCAGGAGCAUCAACAUGACUGCAAUUCCAUCGUUGAAUCUACACGCCCUGACCGAUGCUGAAGGUUUGACGCGAAUCAUACCGCCGGCGAUGCAACCACCCGAUGCGCCGCCGCCAGUCCGAGCCACCCUUGCGCCGCAGCCGCUCCUGGAUGAGCCCCUGUCGAAGUCGGCCGUGGAUCCGAUGGCCGAUAAGGCGGACUCUACCAAGUACCAGCUAAUCGAUUUUAUCGAAGAAACGUUCGCCAGCAAAUCUCCGCCGAGGAUGGACACGACGCCCGCCACGGUUACGGUCGUUAGCAAGCCGAGAGGGAGCAGCAGCUUGCUGGUUCCAUGUUCGCCCAACGUCCAACCGAUCGAGCUGGCGGCGUCUGACAUACGGAGAGUGUUAGUCCAGAAACGCCGUGAAACGGUUAACGCCUCGCAGGCCCCGGUUAUGCCCGCGGAGAAAAUUCGCAAACUCUCGACGACGGUGGCCAGGGAACCGAUCGUGCUGCAAAGGGUUAAAUCAUUGCCGCCGCUGGCGAUACGAAAGUGUUCCACCAGCACGGCGAUGACGCAAACGGAGUCGGAGGACGAUCGGCUACUAGCUGCUGAUAAGCAAAUCGACCAGGAUGAAACGGGCGACGGCGACGAGCCGACGAGCGGCAGUGGGACGACCAAAGUGUUGGCGCUUCUCGAAUGCACCUCGGAGAACCUGCAGCGAUUGCAGCGCAAGCUUCAGGAGCAAGGAGGUGUCUUCUCGCUCGACGAGCGAUUGCUGCGGCUGGACGACGAACCGGACAAGGCCGGCGAUGAUAAUGACAUGGGCUUGACUAAGGCGGACGAUUCGAGCAAAUUUCUGACGAUCCGGAACUCGGACACGCAGGAAACGGUGCGGGUUAGCUACGUAUGGUUGCGCGAUCAUUGCCGCUGCCCGGAGUGCUACAAUGGAACCACCUUUCAGCGAUCGUACUCCAUUCUCGAUCUGCCGGUGGACAUUGAACCCCUUAGCAGUGACAUCAACGAUAACCAGGUCGAAGUUACGUGGUCCGAUGGCCAUCACUCGUCGUACGAUUUGACGGAAGUGUUCGACAAUCAACUCGAGGUCUACCGCAGGCAGCUUAACGAGCGACGGUCACAGCUGGUUCUGUGGGAUCGAGCGCUGAUCGAGAAUCGAUGCUCGCAGGGCAGCGACGGGUAUGCUCGCGUUGCUCUGAACGAUCUGCUCUGCGAAGACGGGGUCAUGCACCAGAUCGUGCGCAGCUUGGUGACGUACGGGUUUGCCUUCAUCACCAGGGUGCCACCGAAUCAGCAGAGCACGGAGAUGGCCAUUAAGCGGCUUUUCCCGGUGCAGAAAACACUGUUCGGUGAAAUGUGGACGUUCAGCGAGAGCAAAAUGGACCACAGUGAUACGGCUUACACAAACGAGUUCCUGGGACCGCACACGGACAACACGUACUUUAACGAUGCGGCCGGUCUGCAGGUACUGCACUGCAUCCAGUUCAACGGCACCGGAGCGGAAACGAUUCUGGUUGAUGGUUUUCGGGCCACCGAAAAGCUACGCGAAGCGGACGAGCCUGCAUUCGAUCGGCUGUGCGAGUAUCCGCUCGAGGCGGAGUACAUCGAGGAGGAUAAACACCAUCGCUACUUGGCGCCCGUCAUCAAGCGGCACUGCUUGACGCGUUCGGUCGAACAGAUACGCUUCAAUCCGUCCGAUCGUGCUGCACUGAAAACGCUGCCGACGGACAUGGUGCCCCAAUUCUACGAAGAUUACCAGCGGCUGGCUCAGGUGCUGUACAGCAAGGAGAUGCAGUGGCAGUUCCAGCUUACGCCUGGGACCGUGCUGAUCUUUGACAAUUGGCGCGUUCUUCACGGCAGGAUGGCGUACACCGGGAAGCGUGUGAUGACCGGAUGCUAUGUGGCACGCACCGAAUAUCAGAGCGUCGCUCGCACGAUGGGUCUUAUCGCUUGAUCGAGUCUACGGGCCCGGAAGGGAAGA